CAGGAAAUGAUGUAAUUCGAUGACGUCAUGCGUGUCUCCCCAAAAUAAACCUGAAAUGUGUUGGCUUGUGGUGGUGCAAUAUAUAUGUUUUUAUUUGUACGUGCUUUAUAAACGGCUGUCACUGCAAGACUGUAUCAUACUCGUACAACAGCAAUCAUGGCGUAGAGAUCAGUUUUACCGAAAAUGUGAGAAUAAAAUGCCGAACAUGGGGCGGCGGGGAGAUUUUGCUAGACGAACCCGGCUGAAAUUGUUAAGAAGCUGAGGAACCGAAGUUCGCUUUACUGUUAUGAUAUGUUCAAGUUAGAAGCGAAGUUUAAGUUUGAUCAACCGAGGAAGAAGCAAGUUACAAAGUUGAAAUUGCAACUUUGCAUGCACGCUUCAUUUUACUACGAAGAUUUGGCUUGAAGUGCACGAAUCGUUGUCACCAUGGCUAUUGAAGGAAGGGGGAAGGGCCAGGCAGGCCUUGCCAAGGACUUCCACCGCUUGAUGAAGAACAUCGCCGGUAUGUCGGGCGGUCAGGCCCGCUUGGUCGAAUGGGACGAGACGGACCUCAAGAAAGGCAUCUCCGUGUCUGUCAUCCCAGAUAGCGGGCUGUACAAGGAUGGAGAGUUCAUCUUCUCGAUUCUGUGCGGCAGCCGAUAUCCACAGCAGGCACCUGAAGUGUGCUGCAAGACUUACGUGUACCACCCUAACAUCGAAAAUGACGAGCAAGGUAGCAUAUGCCUCAGCAUGCUCGACGAUGAACAUUGGUCUAGGUCCAUGACCUUGGAGGACGUGGUCCAGGGAAUCCUGUUCCUGAUGCACAAUCCAAACCUGGAGGAUCCCCUGAAUACGGUCUUCAACCCCUGCAUGGAUGAGGAGGAGUUUGCGGACAAUGUGAGAUUAUCCCUGGAGGGUGGGAUAUUGGAGGGUUUUGACUUUCACAGGAACAGGGUGGUGAGAGGGGAGGGCGGGGCUAUCGCUACAGAUGAGGUCGGGGUUAAGGAGGAUGGGGUCGUUGUCGCAGAUGGGGGCGGGUAUGAUGUCACAAAUAUGUGUGGUGAGAGAAAUGCUGGGGAUGAAGUUGUCAUCACAGAUGGGGGCACGACUAAGGAAGGCGGGGCUUUAAUCAUUGAUGAGGGCAGAGUUAAGGAAAGGGGGGAUGUUACUACAGAUGAGGGUGAGGCUAAAAAGGGUGAGGUGGUGGAUGAUGGGGGUGGGACUAGGGAGGGUGAGGUUGUCACCACAGCUAGAUGAGGGUGGGACUAAGGAGAGUGAGGUUGUUGUCGGAUGAGCAUGGGGCUUUCGAGGUUUUGAGGUGUCAUUGCGGAUAAGGGGGGGGGGGAGCUACAUGUAAGAACAGUGUAAUGUCGCUAAAGAUCAGAUUGGGGCUAAUGAUGGAGUAUAGUCACCAGUAAAGGUGGGGGUGUUAUCUCUUACAACUCAGUUUACAGAAUUUAAAGUGGGAAACAAACAAAGUGCCCUAAUUUGAACAAUAUUGAUUGUGCAUGAUUUUCACUGAUUAUGUCAGAGGUUUCUGAAAACAGCCAUAUCCCUUUAAUAAAAAAAUGACUUUCAAAUGAAAGUGACUGUUUCAGAAUUCAGA